CUUGUGAGAAAAAGAAGGAACAACACCAGCAAGAACCUGGGACGGCGGAGGAACAAGAGCGCGUGGGAAAACAACUAAACGAGCAGUCAAGUACUUCAAAUAAACUCCAGCCCUCGCAGUCUGUCCCAGGUCGUUGUUCCACUAGCAAGGUCGAGAAAACAGGAACAACUUGCUCCGAGCAGAAUCUACUGUAUAAAAGUUCAUCAUCCGGUCCCUAUCCUGAGUAAAAACGUCCCCACACCUGAGUCAAGAUGGGGAUUUUGCAACACAAACCUAGGAGUUUUGGGAGUUACGCAUGACAAAUUGCACUCCGCAGUGUAGUGCAGGUUAGCAAGGGCAGCCGCAUCACAAAUUCGUCUGCUCAUCCUGUUCACAGCAUCACAAAUUCCAAAACACGAUUGGAAAUGGCUCUCAUGGGGAUGCGCAUUACAAGUCUUCCUGUCUUUGCAAAUCUGCAUUACAACUCUGGCGUGGGUACGUUUUUGCACAGGAUGCUCCCCUUGUCCCAAUCUACCCCGGGCAGGAGCAACUGCAGGAGAAGUUCCUCUAUCCAUUGCAAAAGUAUCGCACUCGUCGUAAUCGCAGAUAUGCAUUACAAAGCUCUCUCUCAAGGCAAAUCCGCAUUACAAAUUCCAUUUCUAAUGCUGAGCAAAUUUGUGAUGCGAUUUCUAUCAAUACGAUGUUUUUGCAGUUCAUAUCCUCAACCUGAAAGCAACGAUCGAAGCUUUGCAAGAAGAAACGGGAAGUUAUUGGCAGAGGAAGCUCGCGGGCAGUAAAAUAGGAGCGGAUGCUCAAAAAGAUGAAGAAAUAC